UGUGAACAACACAUAGCAGCAUGAUUGGGUUGGACAAACGCUUUGUAUGGGCUGUGUUGCCCUUUAUUGGUUUUGCUAUUGGCCAUUUCUUAGAUAAGAAGGAAACCGAACGUAUGACACUAUUCCGUGAUAAGAGCGCACUCUAUGCUCGGCCGGCUGGUUCUGAAGGCAAACCACCAUCUUGGUAAAAGGUUACUAACAUGGCGUUUAUAAGUAAAAAAUUGUCUACUUUAAGUACCAUUUAUUUGAAAUGAGAAAGCUGGUGUCUCAAUAAAACAAAUGUUUUAAACGAAAAA